UCUCAACCAAAAGGUGCGCGUAGUCUAAUAUUCGCGUUACGUCAUCGACGUGUGAAGGCUGGUUCAAGGAGUAUGGCUAGUGAUCAAAUAUGCUAUACUUUAGUCGGUUUGUCAUCUGAAGCAAAAACAUAUACUGAGCAAAAACUCAAAGACGAUUUGCAGAACAGCAAUGAUAAUGUGAAAAGAGAGGCACUUAAGGAACUUAUUCGGCUAAUAAUUAAUGGCGAGAAGUUUCCCAAUUUAUUGAUGCCUGUGAUUCGCUUUGUUAUGCCGUCACAGGAUCACAUGAUUAAAAAGCUGUUGCUUCUAUUUUGGGAAGUUGUGCCUAAGUACAGUUCGGAUGGGAAACUUCUACAUGAAAUGAUACUAGUGUGUGAUGCUUAUCGCAAAGAUUUACAACAUCCAAAUGAAUUCAUCCGUGGGUCAACUUUACGAUUUCUGUGUAAAUUAAAAGAACCUGAAUUACUGGAGCCUAUUAUGCCAUCUAUUCAACAGUGUCUGGAACAUCGACAUGCAUACGUUCGACGAAAUGCAGUGCUGGCAAUUUUCACGAUAUACAAAAACUUCGAAUCGCUUAUUCCGGAUGCACCUGAAAAAAUUUUAAGAUUCCUCGAACAAGAGCAAGAUUCUUCUUGUAAAAGGAAUGCUUUUAUGAUGUUACUUCAUGUCAGUCAGAGUACUGCUCUUGAUUACCUUACUUCUUGUUUGGAUGAAGUACAAAAUUUCGGUGACAUUCUUCAGCUCAUAAUUGUAGAGUUAAUCUACAAAGUAUGUCUUGAUAAACCUUCUGAAAGGCUACGGUUUAUUCGUUGUAUUUACAGCUUAUUACAAUCUAGUAGUGCUGCUGUGCGCUAUGAAGCUGCAGGAACGCUGACAACACUAAGUUCCGCCCCGAGUGCCAUUAAGGCAGCCGCAAGUUGUUACAUUAAUUUAAUCCUGAAGGAAAGUGAUAACAAUGUGAAACUAAUUGUAUUAUCACGUCUCACUGAUUUACGUCAGUAUCAUGAGCGUAUUCUACAAGACCUAAUUAUGGAUAUCGUGCAGAUCAUAAAUGCAUCUGACAUGGAAGUUCGUCAGAAAACACUUAAUUUAACGAUGGAUUUAGUGACAGCUCGUACAGCGGAAGAAUUGAUUAAGAUAUUUCGUAAAGAACUUAUCAAAGCUUGCAGCACGAAUACCCGGCCUUCAGCUUCAGCGAGUGAUGGAGAAAAGUCUUCUGCAGAUGAUCAAAAUUCUGACGAAUCCGUUUACCGUUUUUCACUAGUGCACACUAUAUAUGAUAUUUGCUUACGGUUCCCAGAAGUAUUACCAAGCAUUGUACCGACAGUUUGUGAAAUUUUGACCUACGAAGAAAUUGGCGAUACACGAGCUGCAAAUGAGGCUUGUAAAUUUUUACGUGAAAUUUUGGAGCGAUUUCCUCAAAGAAAGGCUGACAUUUUGGAAAAAUUGAUGCAAAUUUUUCCAUCGAUUAUCGGCCGUGAAACUCUUCGACAUUUAGUUUGGAUUUUUGGUGAAUAUUGUACUACUUAUGAAGAAAUUAACUCCUUUAUGACUCUUAUUCGCCAGGUUAUCGGCGAGCUACCACUUGUUGAUGAGGAGUUACGCAGACAAGCUAGUCAAGUGAAUUCAGUGAAUUCCUCUGCUGAAAACCAAAGUCAGCCGUCCGUGCUAAUUUCAGGUGAUGUAAAUGUUGGUGUCAGUCCAGCACAACGUGUUACUGCAGAUGGGACAUACGCAACUCAGUCUGCUUUUACUCUUCGUUCAAAUAAAGAUUCUAGCUCAGUGAAUGCAAUCAAACGACCUGUCCUACAAGCAGCUCUAUUCGAAUCACAUUAUAUGCCUGGAGUUGUAUUAUCUGCCUGUUUAGUCAAAUUAUUUUAUCGAUAUUCAUUGCUUCUUAAACAAGAACAAAUGAAAACCGUUAAAGAUGAAUGCACAAAAACUAAAAUAAUUUCAAAAGAAAAUUCAUUCGCUGCUGAAUGUAUGCUUAUCAUUGCGAGUAUGAUACAUUUGGCUACUAGUCAACUACUUCCACAUCAAGUGAAUCCUGACCACUUAGAUCGUAUGUGGAUUUGUCUAAAGAUCUUGGCUGAUCGUCGUCCUGAAGUCUUAGAGGCUUUCGAACAUACAUCUCGUGGCUGUCUUACUGAAAUGCUUGCAUACCAAGAGUCAGAACGUAAAAACAAUGCUAAAGCUCGUAAUCAAGGCUUAAUUGAGCAUCAAAAACAAUUGGCUGAGUUGAAUCGUGCGGACGCGCCGAUCAAAUUCUCUCUACUUACUGGCCAAACUGAGUUCGGUGACACAGUAGAUCGUUUUGACUUAACACUUAGUCAAGCGCUGGGUGCAGGUGGAAAAGGCAGUGCUGGUGAUGCUUAUGCUACAUCUAAACUCAGUAAGGUUCACCAAUUAACUGGCUUUUCUGAUCCUGUAUACGCAGAAGCGUAUGUUCAUGUGAAUCAAUUCGAUAUUUUGUUAGAUGUAUUAGUUGUUAAUCAAACUAAAGAUACACUGCAAAAUUUAACAUUAGAACUGUCUACAUUAGGCGAUUUACGUCUGGUUGAAAAACCUAGUCCAUUAACAAUUGCACCUCAAGAUUUUGCUAAUAUCAAAGCAAAUAUUAAGGUUUCUUCCACAGAAAAUGGUAUCAUCUUUGGAAAUAUAUCCUACGAUGUUCGGGGUUCAUCUGGCGAAACAACUUGCAUUGUGUUAAAUGAUAUUCAUAUUGAUAUUAUGGAGUACAUUAUGCCAGCCACUUGUACACCAAGUGAAUUUCGUCAAAUGUGGUCUGAAUUUGAAUGGGAGAAUAAGGUUACUGUGAAUACACAAAUCAAAGAUCUGUUCACCUACUUAUCUCAAAUUACAAGCCAUACGAAUUUACGUUGCCUAACACCUACCGAGGCUCUUUCGGGUGAUUGUGAUUAUCUUUGCGUGACGCUUUAUGCCAAGACAAUAUUUGGCGAACAUGUUUUAGCUAAUUUAUGUUUAGAAAAAGCGGAAGCUGAUCAACCUGUAACUGGUCAUGUACGAAUUCGAGCUAAAACACAGGGUAUGGCUGUUACAAUGGGAGAAAGAGUUAGCAGCUGUCAAAAGAACUGGCCAGUUAAUAAUUCCCGAACCCCAAGUGACAACACUACAAAACAUCAAGAUGAUGAGAAUUCCGAUGAAAAUGUAAAACGUUCUCAUUCACCAGUUAAUAAUACAUUGUUUAAAUGUGAUAAUCUUGCUAGUCAUUUUGGAGCAAACUUUCUACUUAUCACAGGUUAUCAUGUUGGAUUUUCUCAAACACAGUAUCGUAUUUUCACAGAAUAA